UUGAAAGCGACCCGAGCAGGGGCGGGGGGGGACUGGUGAUUAUCUUGUGCGAUAGAAGCUGUGAUUUUCAUUGGCUCCAAAGUGUGGAGCUGGGCUCUCUCCUCUGCCCAAUAACUAAAACAGAUGCGGCUGGUUUCCGCGUGAUUUGUGUUGGUGGAUGUGUGGGUCCCGGAGGGGACAACCGGCACCUAAAGCUAGUCCCAGAUUGAGCAGAGAAAGACACCCUAAUGACUAAAUCUCAGGUGCACUAUGGAUUUGACUAAAAUGGGUCUGAUACAGCUCCAGAACCCCAGCCACCCCACGGGGCUCCUGCAGAAAGCCAACCAAAUGCGCCUUGCAGGGACUCUGUGCGAUGUGGUCAUCAUGGUGGACAAUCAGGAGUUCCAUGCUCACAGGACAGUGUUGGCUUGCACUAGUAAAAUGUUUGAAAUCCUGUUCCACCGCAACAGUCAGCAUUAUACCCUGGACUUUCUUUCACCAAAGACUUUUCAGCAGAUACUGGAAUACGCUUACACGGCCACCCUCCAGGCUAAAGUUGAAGACUUGGAUGAUCUUCUUUACGCAGCCGAGAUCCUAGAAAUAGAAUAUCUGGAAGAACAGUGUCUGAAGAUCCUGGAGACCAUUCAGGCUUCUGAUGAAAAUGAUACAGAAGUCAACAUGACGGAUGGUGGCACUGAAGAGGAGGAGGAUAGGAAAUCUAGGUACAUCAAAAACCUAUUCAUCUCCAAGCAUUCCAGUGAAGAGAGUAGUUAUGGCAACAUGGCCAGUCAGAGUUUAACGGGGGCAAUGGUGGAACAGAGCCCAUCUGUCUCGACUUCAUUUGGACUCUCUGCGAUGAGCCCCACGAAGGCUGCUGUGGAUAGUUUGAUGACCAUUGGGCAGUCGUUAUUGCAAGGGUCUCUACAGCAGAACGCCUCCGAGGACUUGCACUCCACGAGCAGCCGCCACCCCAGUCUCUCUGAAGUAAAAACAGAAGUGAUGCAAGUGGAGGAGGCGUCUAGCCAUGAAAGCCCACGGACGGCAGAGUCCAGCACUUCUGGAGGGGACAAGUCAGAUGACAAAAGCAAGGAAGGCCCUGGUACUCCCACGCGUAGCAGUGUUAUCACAAGUGCCCGUGAACUUCAUUAUGCCCGGGAUGAGAAUCCAGAGCAGCCCCUCGAGUUGGGCCAAGGAGUGUCAGUCGGACCGGAGCACUCGAUUUCUCAAAGUGAGAAACACCUGAGUAUAUAUUCAGUGCUACCAAAUCACAAAACUGACUCGAUGCUCAGCAUGCCAUCCUCCAUGACAUCAGCUCUUCACAUGCAGCCAGCUCUUGCCGUGUCCAUGGACUUCAGCGCUUAUGGGGGGCUUCUGCCUCAAGGCUUUAUUCAAAGGGAGCUAUUCAGUAAGCUGGGUGAAUUGGCAGCUGGCAUGAAAACUGAAAACCGAGCCAUCGGUGAACAGUGCAGUGUUUGUGGGGCAGAACUGCCAGACAAUGAGACGGUGGAACAACACAGGAAGCUGCACAGUGGUAUGAAGACUUAUGGAUGUGAGUUGUGUGGGAAACGAUUCUUGGAUAGCUUGCGGCUCCGAAUGCACUUACUGGCUCACUCAGCGGGUGCCAAAGCGUUUGUCUGUGAUCAGUGUGGUACACAGUUCUCUAAAGAAGAUGCUCUGGAGACCCACAGACAGACACACACCGGUACUGACAUGGCCGUCUUCUGCCUGCUGUGCGGAAAGCGGUUCCAGACGCAGACUGCCCUGCAGCAGCACAUGGAAGUGCAUGCAGGAGUGCGUAGCUACAUCUGCAGCGAGUGCAACCGCACCUUCCCCAGCCAUACCGCCCUCAAGCGGCACCUGCGCUCACAUACAGGUGACCACCCCUACGAGUGUGAAUUCUGUGGCAGCUGCUUCCGGGAUGAGAGCACGUUGAAAGGCCACAAGCGUAUCCACACUGGAGAGAAACCGUAUGAGUGCAACGGCUGCGGCAAGAAAUUCAGUCUCAAGCACCAGCUGGAGACCCAUUACAGGGUGCACACAGGUGAAAAGCCUUUUGAAUGCAAGCUGUGUCACCAGAGGUCCCGAGAUUACUCUGCCAUGAUCAAACAUCUCAGGACCCACAACGGCGCUUCCCCCUACCAGUGCACUAUCUGCCUGGAGUACUGCCCCAGCCUGUCUGCCAUGCAGAAACACAUGAAGGGCCACAAGCCAGAGGAGAUCCCCACUGACUGGAGGAUAGAGAAGACCUAUCUCUACCUUUGCUAUGUUUAAGGGACAUGGAGGGGCAAGAUUGAAGUCAUGAAGGACUGGGCAAAAAAAAUGCAUCAUCCAUGGCCUUUUAUUCUGUUGUUGUUUACUAAAGGGGUUCUCCUUUUUUGUUCCUGGCUCGUGAGGUGUUUGUGUGGGGGAGGGGGAGUAAUUCCCUUUUUAAUUUGGGGGUUCUCUGUGCAGUCGAUGAGAAAACUCAUCAGAAUCGAGCCAUAGCCAAAUAUCUGCUCGUGUUUUGUGACAAUGCAUGUCAAGGGCUUUGGAAAGAGCAGGUGAAAUGUCACUGUGGGGGGGGGGAAGGGGCAGUCCCAGCGCAAGCUUUGGGGUCUGAGAUUUUGGAGUUUGAAUUUUUUGUCCUGUUUUUGCCACAUUUGUUUAGUUUAUUCAGGCCUCAUCUACAUUUAAAAACGAGGCAUCCUAGCUACAUUGCUUAGGGCUGUGAAAAAUUUUGCACCCUGAAUGUUGUCGUUAGGGUGACCUAGCCCCUGGUGUGGAUGUGGCUAGGCUGACCGAAUUCUUCCAUCAACCCGCCUGUCGGAGAGAUGGAUUAACUACGGCAACAGAAGAACCCCUUCUGUGGCUGUAGCCGCUGUAAUGUCAGACAUGCCGUCAGUCACCAACUUUAUUCAGCUGCCUCUUGUGCAGCCUCACCAGUAGGUGGCAGUGUAAUGCCUAUUGUUAAAAUCCCCCUCAGAGGAUUCCCCCCAAAUCAGAUCGAACGACCCUGUUUUGGGGGUACCCAGAAAUACCAGGGCAGAUGAUGAGCAGCAUGACGGGCUGGAUGAUCUGCAGUUAGUUAGUUGUGCUAAUAAUGUGGCAGGUUACAAUGCAGUCCAGAUUUCCCCAAGUAACUAGUGAUUUGGGGAGCCUUGGUUUUUUUGCUUGCCGGACUUGAGACACCCUGAAUUUCAGAACAUGCUGAUCAGCCUCGUCGGUGACUCCAGCUGGGCAGCUGGGAUCACUAGUCAGUCUGGCACAGCUUGGCGUAAUUAAAGGCACAACCAGAAUUUUCCUCAGGAGGGGGCCCAGGGAGACAACCCCUUUGGAGCCGGCAUCUGUCCCAGAUGGAGAAGAUGGUGGGCUAUAGUGCCCAUAGGCACAGCUUUGUGUCUCGGAGUGCAGAGCCAGCGACAGGCAAGUUUGUGGCGCUGCAGCCAGGGGAGGAAGUAUUGGGAUGUGCCAGGGCAGGGUGCAUCCCAGGCUGCACGGGGAGAUACCAUGCAGCCCUGUGGGCAUCCAGUGCCCCCAUUCCCCGUGAAAUGCCCUGGCAUCAAGGCUGCACACACACCCCCACUCGGAAAGUGCCGGGGCCUCCCCUCCCAGCCAGCAGUACCAGGACUCUGGCCGGGGUUUCCCCCAUUGGGCACCCCACCCAUUACCUCCUGGGUGCGUGGCAAGUCCCUGGUUGCAGGGCCACCCUGCACUGCUAUCUGGAGCAUGGGUGGCCACAGCUGGAUCUCAGUUCAGAUCCAGCCAAGGGAAAGCUGUCCCCCUGGCCCAUGUUGCGCCCGCUUGAGCAUAAGUAAAAUAAACCUGAACUUUGCUACAGUUUCCCCCCUCCCUUUCCCCCUUCGCCCCUGGGCUGCUGUGUUUCAGAUGGCAGAUAAU